GAUAUACUUUCACUGGACUGUCGUCGACGAACGCGCCGCACUCGUUGGUCGUAGCGUCUCUCCGAAACACGUCGUGGUCGUCGUCGUGUUCUACACAUCAUAGUGUUAUAGUAAUAAUAAUAUCAUAUUAUCCAUCACGACCGAGACGUGUUUUCGCGGGGAGAGAAAAAAAAAAACAAUAUUAAUAAUUAAAAACCCUAACCGUUUUUUCAAUCGUUUCCCGCCCGUCGUUUUUGUCGCGCGUCACCAAAUUAUAAUAAUGAACCGGCCGGCCGCGCGUCCGUUGUCCGCUACCCGAUUCGUCUGAGACGUUGUUUUUCGUUUCGUAUGCAACACCGCGAGUACCACGAUACUAUCACAAUACGGACAUCAUUUUUUACAGUACAAUCACACGGCAGACAGCUUUGCGAGUCCGAACAUAAUAAUAUACACGACGAAAGAUCAUUUACCGCGUUAUCGAUUGUUUUCACUACGUUACGAGUCCCUCGUUUGUACCGGUGCAGUUAGAAUGGUCGCACGUUACUCCGGCGCAUCCACCGCCACCGCCGAUUGUCUGGUCCGGACGUCCCUUUUGCUACUGACGGCCGUCGCCACCGUCUCCCGGACCGCCGAAGCCGUCCUUUCCGUGAACGCUACACGUGAGUACCGAAAUAAACAACGACGACAUCGUUAAUAUAACAAGUUAAAAUGCGAUAAUAUUAUUAUUCAGACUAAAUCAUGUAUAUAAUUAACACGAAGGAUUCGCGGAUUGAUCUUUUGAUAAACCAAAAAAAAAAAAAAUAAUAAUAAUAAUCAUAGAUAUCAAAGAUUUUGUAUUUUUACGUCGUAUUAUCGUUUUUUUCAAUGUACUUACUAUUGUAAUAUAAUUUAUACCGAUAUAAUCGGUCGGCCGUCGCGACUUUUUAAUUUUAACUUUUAUAUCAUAUAGGUUACAUUGUACACGUCGCGCAAUGCGCGUAUUGGUUUUACAAAGGUGUUUAGUUUUUAUGCGAACACUUUUUUAAUAGAAAGUUCACUCUGACGUAGAACUUUUUCCGAAAGGAAAUCUUCUUGGGGUGGUACUUUAGGGAGGUCAUUUUUCGAUUUUCUAAAUUGCUUUUAUUCACGAAAACUACUAUAACAAUAAUAACUAUAGGCACUAUUAAUUGAUAAAUAUAAUAAUUCUAUAUAUUAGAAGAACGAAAUAACAAUAUUGUCGAAGACAAUGUUACUACUUUAUCCAAAAGUAAUAGGAACCGUGUAUGUUUUCAAAACGAAUAACAGGUACGAACUACACAAAAUAUAAUAUUCACUCUCCGGAACAUGGCAAUUCGAUUUGAUUUUGAACGUUUAUGCGUAAAACGAUGUCGGGCGUAGAGACAGGUUUAAAAGGUUUCGAACGCUUUGUUUAAAACGCUUCGCGACCCCGCCGCGCACCCGUGUGACCCGUAAAAAAUCCCUCACGAAAAACAAGUUCCGACUCGCGCGUAUAAUUCGAGUUCUACCUCUCCCCCGCCCCUCUCCGCCGCCCCGCGAGAAACUAUCGCGCGCUCAUAGUGUUUGCAUACCGUAUAUUUCCAUAUACGGCGGUCGGGGCAAACUCGCCGUAGAAAGUAUGCCCGCCUGCCGACCGUUAUCGUCCAGUCCGGACGAGUUUUCUCGUUUGAUAAUAAAAAAAACAUUUUUUUUUUUUCAUUACUAUUAUUAUGUGUAAUAAAAAUCACGUCGUUACGCGCGUAGUCGUCGGGAGCAAACGCACCAUUGUAUAGUAUUAUCGGGCGCGUAAACGAAAUCGCGCGUUGUAAUAUCGUGCACGCGGAUUUUGAGGGCGACAUUCGCAACGGUACGAGAAUCGUCUUUCCUCGCGGCCGUUCACCCCGAUUUUCCGGCCGGCCGGUGCACUCUUUUUCGCUUUGCGUUUUCUUCGUCCCGCAUUGGUCGAUGCUCCGUUCUGACCGGUUGUUCGCAUUUUCCUUUAGGGUUCCUUCAAAGGUUUCGACACUCGCGUCGUUUUCAAUUCGACGGACGUACCGCGGACCGACGAAGCGGAGCGAUGGAAUUUCUGAAAACGCGAGAUGGGUUACGCCAUAUUUUUUUCGAAAAUUUAAUUUCGUUUAUUUUCGGUCUUGUGUAUUUUUAUGAAUUUCCAUGUUUUUCAAAAUAAAUUAACAAACGAAAUUCGAAAGAGCGGUCUGGUCGAUCGUACGUACACGACUUCUACACGUUGAACUCAAAUCUGUUUUCAGAAUUCUUAUUGUUUCACUACGUCGACCGGAUGACGAUGGGCGGGAAAUUUGCUGAAUCCGCAUGGGUCAUACAUUGAAAGACACGCGGAUCAUCGUUAAGUUUCGAAUCCUCUUAAGAUGCGAUGUGCAUUUGCCGUCUUUGGCUGUCUAACGAGCAAUAGUAUAGCAGAAACGUGUUUUCAUAUUUCCAAUAGUGCUCAGGCAUAAAAAUUCGAUUUCGAUGUCAAAUCAAAUAUUAGAAUUUUUACUAAUCGUCCAUUGUACAGUUUUGUUUAUUAUUUUUCUUAAAUCUUCAUCUAUCGAUUUAUAUGGUUUUUGUCGAAAUAAUUUUAAACAAGUUAAGAGAGCCCGUUUUACGUACGUGCAAAUUUCUCGGUUUCUAAAAGUAAUUUUUAAACAACAAACACUUGCAUAUCUAAUUUCGAAAGAAUUCGGUAACCUAGUGUAUUAUGUUUGUGUGUGGACUGUAGACAUAUCCAAACAAACUGGACAUACCUAAACAAACCAAAUAUCUUAAUACUUGUAAAUAUAGUUUGACAGGAAUUUUUGAAAUUCUUAUUGUACUUAUGUGUUUGGUACCUAUGUUUUUUUAACAUUUCCUUACAUAAAUAUACAUUUAAAUCCUCAUUCAUUUUAGAUUUUAUGAUUGAUACUCAUGUUUAAAUCAAUAAUGAUAAUAUUAAUAAUAUUAUGAAUAAUCUUCCCGUCAACCAAAUCAACAACCGUAACUAUACCGUACUAUAGUAACUAUACAUUACAAAUGGACGGAUACAACGGGGAUUUAAUAUAUUCUGAAUUUACGUUUAGAAAGAUAAAAGCCACGGUGUUCAGUACGACGUUUCGCGUUUAUUUCGGGCACCAAAAGUCAAGUUUAUACGACCACAGAGUCUCGAGUCUCCGGGGAGUUUCCGGUUGAGUUUAGAUCAAAGGGACCCUCCUCACAUACGUUUUAUUAAAAUAGCAAUUACGAUGUUUUGACCGGAUGAAAAAAAUAUUUUCAUUUCUUAAUAACGAGUGGUUGAAAUGAAGAGAAACUGCAAGGAAAAUUGAAACACGAAUAUGAAAAUAAUAAUAAUAAUAAUCAAAAAAAUUAAAAAAAUUAUUCGUAGAAGCCAAGUAUUAUUUUCGUUUAGUAUAUAAGCGUAUUAUAUUAUUAUACUUAUGUAAUAUGCGAGUGUACGGCACUCGGUUAAUCUUAAUACAUCUUAAAUACCAUUAUUAUAUAAAACGAGACGGUUCCGGCGAAACGAUUUGUUUGUUUAGCUACACACAUAUAAUACGUACGAUUAUUAUUAGGUAGGUGCACCUAAAUCAUGACGUUUUUACUUUCAUAAUAAUUAUUAUGUACCCAUAUACUUACUAUAAUACUGCAGCAGUCGGCUAUACCGCCGCUGCAGCCGCCGCCGGGUGUGUUUUCUGAAAUUUUUAUUUUUUAUUCGUGCGACCAGAUAAUGUAACCUUCAAACUGCGUAUAGGUACCACAUAAUAAUCGAGUGUUUACAUAAUAAUAUUUUUAUAUUACGUUUUCUUCACUUCCUUCUGCAUGCUAAUAUAAUAACGUUAUAAAUACCUACGUUAACCGUCUUUAAUUCAACGACCCGUGCUCGGGUUGUUUUCAAAAAAUAAACAUUCACAACACUACAGGUAGGUAGGUAUUAUACAAGUUCGCGGUUGACGUACAUCGAACAAUAUACAGUACAACAGAACUUUGGUUUUUUUUUUUUUUUAUGACAAAAUCAGCGUGCUGCACCGUGAAAAAGUGCGGGACGAUGGUAGCGAAACAAUACACAGGGUGAUUAUUUUUAUAUGUUAUCAUUAUUAUAAUACCAUCAUUUUAUUACCUUUUCCGGUUUCUACACUCACUUUUAUACCUCACAAUCCAUUAGUGUGACCUUACGCACGUUUUUAGAAACAUAUUAUUAUUUUUUAAAUCUGUGUUCAAACUUUGAAAAUCAAUUGGUAAUAAUUCUUUAACGUAUAUUAUAAGGAAUUGAAAACAGUCGUUGAAAUAAUGCUCAAAAUAAUAAUAAUUGGAAAGACAGAAAUCAAAUUUACCUAAAAUUCUCCGGGAAAAUUGCCGGAUUGGUAUGAUAAUCGCCAUGUAUAUGAGCAAAUGCAUAACGAAUGGUUCAUUAAUAUUGCCAGUAGGUUUUACCCAUGUUAAAAUCGGUUCGAACAAACAAAAUAUGGAACAAUAUCGCAAUUUAAAUUUGUCUACAAUUUGUUCCGACUAAAAUAUUAUUGCUUGACAUUUCACAUUAUGGUUAUUGGUUGACACAAUAUUGCCUAUUUUUUAUUAUCAACACCGUGAAUAAAUGCGUCUAUUCAGUAGUAAUAACGGUUACUAUUAUAAUACUAUUUCGAUCAGCAACAAUAAUAUUACGGUUAAACGCAGUUAUUGUUAUAAGACUUCGACGGACCGGCCAUUUGCGGAGAAGUCGAAACCCGUAUGCUAAGGGCAGUACUGCGACAGAGCCCGCUAUGGGAAAAGGCUAUUGUGAAGCCGGUCGAGAACGAUGCGGGCCGUUGUUGGUAAAAAGAACGCGGGAGCUUUUGGAGCCAGUCCGAACUGGAAGACAUUGGACGACGGAUAGUGACGGUCGGAUAGUGAAAUCGGCCGUGAGGGCGGGACGGUCUUAGCGGCCAAACGGACUCCAAAAACAAUAACUCAUAACUGUAUUCACUUUGUGAUUUCGUGGUAAUGAAACCGCGUGUAACGCGUGUACAAAUGUUUAACACGAAUAGACGUGCAGCCGAGAGACUCGGGUAUACCUACAUAGUAAUGUACAAGAGCUGCUGUUGUCGGACAAAAAUGUGCGGCGUACUUGCCAGUACACGUAGCUGAUAAUAUUGUAUGACGCACCCGCAAAAAGCGUAUUUGCCCAGAUUAUAUUAUGCACGGGUAUGCAUAAUAAUAUAAUAUAAUAGGGACGAGUGAUUAUCCAACCUGCAGCGGGCGACAAACACGCGCGCGUUGCCUAAUUUUUUUUUUUUCUCGCACAUACCACCUAGGUACCGCAUCGAUGACGCGUGUGACGUAACCGCCGUUGAACGUUACCGCUACGUCGGCCGUCACAGUCCUCUUCAGCCGGUUCUCAUGACGUGUGGCUUGCCGUUCGUCGGGUAUGGCGCGGCGACAAAACGAUACAAUAACAUAGUCCGGCAAAGUUGCCCAAUCGUGACAUUUUCCGAGAAAAAAAAAAAAAGUGAUAAUAAUAAUAAUAAAAAACCCGCCGCCGCGUCUUUUAUUCCGUCCGUUUCCGCGGUCGAAUUCAAAGAAAUAACCUCGUCGAGGUUAUAAACAUUAAAUAACAAUAAACAAUAACGACCAUUGCGUACAUAUACUUACUGAAACACUGUGUCGUCUGUCGACACGAAUAUACGUCGUUAUUAUCGUAAUGACAAUUAAUAGUAGGUACCUAUGUAACAGUUGUGCAAGUACCUAUACCACCUUUUUAAAAUUUAUUUUUAAGUGCCGUCUACAGAAUGUACUUAGGCAGCGGUACUUGACCGAACGGGGUCAAGGGCUCGGCGGCAGGCCGGUAUAAAUCGGAUUUUAGUAUUGUUUUUUUUUUUUUUUUUUUUUUUGUCAAAGCCGACACGGUGUCCGAACUCGGUAGUAAAAAACUACGCAACGUGUAGGUAUAUAGUGCACCGACCGGAUAGCGUAUUUAAAGACCCUAUCCGAGUUCGGGUCGGGCCGAAACGUAACCGAGUUGGUUUCAGGAGUUUUACAGAACACAGUUUAGCUGUUGGUCCAAACGUGAUCAUGAACCAAGGAAAUUAUAGUUUCCAAUAAAAACGUAAACCUAAAACCUAGUGUCCAGUCGACGAGUGGCGCGUUUACGGUACCGCUCGGCCUGAACUCGGAUAGGUUCUGUAAAUACGCGACCAACGGUACCUGAUUUAUUAUGUGUAGCUGGAACCGGGAACUUGAACGCGUAAUAUUCGCGGUAAUGCGGUAACGCGUUUAUAGAUUAAUACGUACCUGUGUUGUAUUGAAAUAAAUUAUUAUAAACGCGGCGGUUUCCCCCCCCCCCCUCAUCCCCCUUUUAACCGAAAGACACGCGUCGUCACUUCUGACCGGAAACCCGAGCACUGCACACAGACACCGGACGUUUAGAAAGUGAAAGCGACCGCGUGCGUGUGUCGUUGCGAAUACGCGGGCUAUUACUCAAUACCCGUGUCCGUGUGUUUGGUGUGCGCGCGCGCGUUAUGGCGUUAUUGGAUGACGUGAAAAGAAACCACGAUCGCACGCGGAUCGUCCGCGUUAGCCACUAACCGCGAUUGGUUACGAUCAGACCUGUAAAUUGUGCCGUGUCAAUGGUACAGGAACGCGGAAAACGGGGGUAAUUGCCCGGGGUGGCAAAGUGUUGAAUAAUUUUUUUUAAUGUUCGCAUAUUUUUCAACGUGAUUUACGAAAUUACAAUAUAAGAAGACAAGAUUAAAUAAUAGUCGAGGAUUUGACUGUAUUCACCUUUUCAUUGUAUAAAAUAUGGUCCGGAAUAGCGGAACUGUAAGGGAUUUGCUGCCGUAAACUUGUAAAAACAAUUAACCCGUUGUAAAUGAAUACAUUUUGUAUAGAAUAUUCCUUAUGAGUGCUUGUAGAAGUAAUUUUAAAUUAAGCUUCCACUAUUCAAAUGUUCGCAUUAUUUUAACUCCGGAGAUUAGAUUGAGGGAUUCAGACACGCCCUUAGGCGAGGGUUGAACCACCAAACUGCCCCUGUAUGCGUGUCUGAGAAUACGCGUAUUUGAGUACGAAUAGUAAGAAAGGCGUUUAUAAAUAUUUGUUGAACAUAAUAUGUUAAAAUAAUUUUUUUUAUUACAUACCUAAUUACGUAUCUCAAUAAAAAUGUUCCGGUUUUCAAGAAUCGCAAAAAUAUCUACCGUUACUCUAAAAAUGCAUUCGAUUGCACGUGGAAUUCAAAUAAAUGUGCAAAAUCAUAUGAAUCCUACUUGUAAUAAUAUGUAUUAUUAUCGUUAAGUACAUAUUGACAUAUUUAAACACACGUACAAUGAAUAAUUUUUUCACCGUCGUCGUCCUCGAUAAAAUCUCGUCCUAUCUGUGUGUGGCCGGUACAAUUGCAGUUAAAUCAUAAUAAGCUUGUCUAACUUAACCUAUUCCUCGGACACGAGCAUAUUACGUAUUAUACCAUAAAAAUAUCUCUUGUUUUUAAACAAACACAAUAUUUGGCACGAUGACAAAAAAAAAAUUAUGCAAUCUAUACGAUAUAAUAAUUAUUUUUAUAGUCGCAUUUUCGCGGUGUUAAAAACCUCAAACAUUCACGUUUACAAUAUUUUACCUGCACAUAUAAUUUUGUCACCAUUAGUGUUUACAACACGAUUGUUGUUAACAAUUUUAACCGUAUUAGUUAAAACUCAACAUCGAAUAUAUUCUAUAUUUUUUUUUAUCGGUAAUUAGAGUAGAUACAUAGCCACAAGAUACACUAUUACCAAAAAGUUAGUGUUUUGUUACGAUUUGUGUACGAUUUUAUUCGAAUUUGCUAUGGAUAUUAUGUCCGUGAAAUUUAUACUCGUUUGAAAUAAUCAUUGAUAUUUAUUAUUUAGAUAAAAAAAAAAAUGAGAAUUUUGGAAUUAAUAAUUCAUUACCCGUUAAAUACAUUGUAUAUUUGACAGGAAAAUAAUUGUAAAAUAUAUGUAUGUAGAGUAUUAUCAAGAGAUUUUUGGAAGAAAAUCAAAGAGGUUCAGGUUUAAUUGUAGUUUUACUGUAAUAAUGGGCACAUUUUGUAUCCAAUAUAAUUGCACUUUCUGAAGUGUACCUAUAUAGAAAACUCGAUUAAAAAGUUGUGUAUGGAUCGAUCGGGAACUUAACACCAACGGCACUUUACAGCGAAUGAAAAUAUCAUAUCGGUAGCGUAAAAACUCGUUAAAAAAAACGUUAACAUUUGUUGAAGUUUUACGACAAAUCUGCAGCUUUCAACAGAGUUUUUCGGUAAACCAAUAAGAUACAAUUCGAUUCUGCCAGUAGGUUCAACAAUCGUGGUUUUUAUAAACAAUUUUUUCACACAUUAUUUCAUCUUAAUCGUCGCAUACGUCUGUAUACAUUAUAAUAUUGGCUUUGGUUAUAAUUUCGAUAAAUAUACAUGUUCUGUACAUUUAUAAAGAAAAUAAAUAUUUGUGUUUUAUUUUUUCUGUAAUAAGUACGUCCUUUUUUUCUUAACUAUACGAUUUAAGAUAUUUGUUAUUUAUAUAUGUUUAUUUAAAACGUUUAGGUAUUUUAACGAGAUAUUUUACCAUUACGGGUCAUUUCAUUUUUUUUAUCAGUAUACAAAAAAAAAGAACGGACAUACCUAACACGUGGGUUUAACCACUGUUGUAGAUGGAAAGUUGAGAAGGUAGGAUACAGACGAGUAUUUAACGUAUAUCUGUAAGCAACGAUAAACCAUUGUUAACGAAAAACGAUUCUGAGCGGAGUUCAAUUGAUAGUGUUGCUUUGUCAACUAUAUAUGUCAUAUUAUGGUUAAAAUGAUUGCAACAAUGUGCGUUUCCAUAACAAUAAUGAUUGUUUUAAAAAUAUUAAAAUAAUAAAAACUUAAUAAUAAGUAAAAAUAAAUAAAAAAAGGUUGUCAAUGAAAACCUUAUUUUUAUUCUUUCAAUAUUUUUUAACCUAAAAAACCAGGUUUUCCUCAUUAUCUCGAAUAUUAAUAAGAAUUUAAAAAAAAUUACUUUUUUAAAGUACCACCCAGGAACAUUUUCUUUCAGAAAAAGUGCCAUACUUUAUAAUCGGAGUAAGCUUUUUGGUAGAAAAAGUGUUUAAAUAAAAAAAUUAAUAAACAUCUUUGUAAAACCAAUACAUUCUUAUAAUUGGAUUAUAUAUUUGAAAUCAAAAAGUAGGUAGAGAUUUUGUAGUAGGUAUACAUUUUUAUUGUACAUCUAGAUUAUCCAGACUUACAACGUAAUGUUUAUACCGUCGACGUCGUUAAUCAGAUUAUGAAAUUGAGUUCAAUAUUAUCAAUAAUUAAAAUGGUAUGAAAUUUGCAUAGUAUCUAUCUCUAACGACUUUAAAGAUAAUAGUACCUACCAUUAAUACGAGUAGAAUAAUAUAUUAUAAAAUAAAUUAUAAUACAUAUUAAUAAUGUUAAGUUGCAUGUUAAUGCACAGUUCAGUUGUCGGAAACAAUUUAUUUUUACGCGUUGAAGUAUAUAGUGGUAGAGUAUAGAACCUAUAUAAUAUACAGUGAUGUUUUCGAAAACCAUGAUAAUCUAUGACUUUAUUAUCCUAUCUUUGUGCAGGUAUAGAUGUUAUAAAAAAAGUGGACAAGUUUGAAUUGAACUUAUUUUAGUUUAAAUGUACUUGGGUUAAAAACGUAACGAUUGAACUGCAUUUAGGUCAAAAAAAAUGUUUCAACAAAAAUGUUAUGUAUCAAAAAAAAAAAACUCAAUUUAAAAUUGCACUGAUUUUCCUUUCCACUUGCAGUUUAAUCAUUUUUGACAUGGAUACUUAAAAAUAAUUUUUUUUUCGUAUGUAUACAGUUGUAUAAAAGUUGUCAAAUUGUUAUUAUUUAAUACAAUUUUUUUUCGCAGAAAUCUAAAACAAAAAUUGGAAAAAUUGUUUCUGAAAAUACUUGAUUUAAGUAUUUUAAAUUAAAUUGGUGACUCUUAUACUAUACAAACGAUUCCCAGUACACUUCGAUCUGUAUCUAUUUUUAACCCGAGGAGUGCAAUUUGACCGUUUUAAUUUAGAUAAAAAAAUGUUAAAUUCGACUAUCUUCAAAACAGUACAUAAUUUAGUAACUGUGUUAUUUAUUAUUAUUCAAUUUGUUUAGACACUUUUAAUAAAGAAUAAAUUCAAAAAUCAACAUUUGUACUAAAUAUAAUAAUGUUAUUAUUUUAUUGCAGCCGAAUACAUCCAUCCAUGCCGUAAAUCGGAUACCCAGUUCAACAAUUGUAUAAAGCAGACAUUCAACCACCUUCGGCCGUAUCUCAUAAAUGGUACGUGAAAAAUAUAGUACUAUUACAAUAAUAUUUUCUUCAUACAUUUUAUUGAAAUUGUAUACUUAUAUUGAUUAUUGUAUGAUGUUUAAUAGGGAUCGAAGAGUUAACCGUGCCUCCGAUCGAACCGCUGUUGAUACCGAAAAUGCAGAUGGAAAACGGACACGGAGCGGUCAGAGUGAGGGCUAUACUGAGUAACAUGACAAUACACGGCGCUAGCAAUUAUUCAGUUUUAAACGUCAGGUAGGCACCUAAACAGAAAUCAAUAAUAUUACCAUAUUAUACACAUAGGUAUACAGUUUAAGAUAAACUUGAUUGACUAUAGCCCGUACAACUCCCGUUUUUCCUAAACGGCUCCUGUUUUUGAAAACACAAAUUUCUUACCGCUUCAUAUCGAAUUAACACUGUUUCGAGCUUUACGCUUUAAACUGUUACUAAUAUCCCUCUCUUCAUUAAAACAUUAUCAUCUAAAUGCGAGUGGUUAUGUUCCAGAUGUUUAUCGUACAUUUCGCCAAUAUUAUUUUUCUUAAAGAAAGACUUAUUAUAGCACGUGUGUGCCUUUUCGCUGCUUUAUACGUAGUCACCCAAUUUUUCGUGAAAAGAAAACGAAUAUUUUUCUAUUAAUAUUUUUUUUUCCAAUUUCACUUGACACACAGUGCAAUUUUAUUAUUUUAAAUUAAUACUUAGAACGUAUAAAAUCCAAACUCCAAUGAUUUUAAUGAAUUUAAUAAUACUUACUAUCGCCAAAAGCAAGAUAUAUCAGGACCGUUUUCUGUAGAAAUAUGCGUAGUUGGUACCGAAUGCCAUAACCGUUUGGGAAUUUACCUACUCGUGAAAGCUUUUUCGAGGUGAGUUGUUUAGGAAAAAACAAAAAAUGGGUGGGAUCCGUUCAGGAUGCAUCAACUUGACUAAUGAAUAAUAAUUCAAUCGAGAAGCUGUAGGUUUGGUCAGUGGCGUGGUGAGUGAUAUGCGAGCAAAUCAAAUUAUCUAGUACACUUCCGAAUAGAAAUUUUGGUAAAUGUGUUAAACAUAUAUUAUACAGUUGAUGGUUAAAAACACGGUGCCAAUAUUCUUCAAUGUGGUUUUGAUAAUUUUGAAUAUCAAAUUUUUACUUGGAGUCUAACCGUGAAUUUUGGAUUCAAAUGUCGGCGUAAAAAUCAUUUUUAAUGUUAUAUUGUACAAUAAAAAAAUAUAUACGAAUAAUGGAAUAAUUUGGAAAACUGUCAAGAAUUUUUGGCCGAUUUAGGAUCAUAUCGCCGAAUCACAUUAAAUACUACGCCAUAACUGAAUUUUGUUUCGUUUUAUAUUAAAAAGUAUUCGUCAAUAUAAAAUUACAAUUACAUAUACCUAUAUUACACACAUAACAUUUUAUUUUAAUCCAAAUGGAAGUAGUAGAUAAUAGGCACUUUGAUAAUAAUUUAAUACCUAGCUAUAACUACCUGUCUAUAAGCUGAACUCUUGAAUGAUCGUAAAUACUGGUAAUAAAUUGAAAAAAAUGUCAAUAUUUUAAAAAGAUAAUUGUUUACAUUAACUAUAUUACCAGAACAGAAAAUUAAUAUAAGUGAUCUAAUUUAGAAAUUUAUUGUAAGUAGGUACAUAUAUUUAUAAAUUUAUGUUAAUAUUAAUAAAAUAUAACUGUUAACAAACCAUAGUAAACAAAAAUAGAAGAUUUAUUUUACCUUUAAAGUAUAUCGAAAUUCACGUCGUGCCAAUUCAACUCUAUGCGUCGGAUGAGUAUGACUUUUUGAUAUUAUUGCAGUCGUUUGUGAUUUUAAUAUUCCUCUUCCUCUAAAGUUGUCAAUACAUUUAUAAUACUCAUUAUUUCCACUACAUUUAUCAAUCGUGUGUAUAUAACUAUCUACUACUAAUAACUUUUUUUCACGGUUUGAAUUAAUUUUAUACCAAGACAUAUUUUCUUUUAAAAUUGUACAGUUAGGUUGCUUGUACGACAGCAGAUUAAAGAGUAUGACUGUGUGCAUAAAUCCAUUUGUAGAUUUGUAGAUGUAUGUUUUUAUUGUUAAUUUAUCAGCAAUAGUAAUAAUAAUUUAGCUAUUAAUAAUACGUAGACAAAGUAAAAACCUGGGGUUUUUCGGCAAAAUGGAAUUCGACAAAAUAUGAUUCAGCCAAAUGGGAUUCUUUGUCAAAUUCGAAAUCGAAACUGCCGAUUUCCUACUAACUAGAAAUUUCAUUUUCUCAAUACCGUUUUGUCAUAAGCACCGAUUUGAACCAAAAUAAAAUUCUUGCUUACACAUUUCCCCCAAACACUUUUUUUUCUAAAUAGCAAUCAUUUUUCGAACAUUGUUUUUACACUGUGUAUGAACCAUUUAAAAAUCACAAUGUUCAUAAAUUGACAUUGAAUUUAAAAAUUGUUCACCGGGCUCCUUGUAUAAAAAGUAGUUUACUGAUCCGUGGAUAGCUGCUUCUGCAUUUUGAAUAAACCCCAAUUAUAAUUUUGAAAUUUUUAUGUUAUUAUUUGGUAUAUAUAAUUUAAUAAAAAAUGUUUUUUUUGAAUAUUGCUCAGAGCUUAUAUACGUUAUUGGUUUCAUAAACUGUGUUUGUACAAUUAUUAACCAUAAUGGACCGUGAAAAAUUGUCCAUUUCAACCUAUAUACGUCAAGAUACGCCUUUAACUCAGCGUGAGUGUUUUUGAAUAUAAAAUCCAUGUAUCCUAAAAAUUAUUUUUAAUGAAAUGGUUGAGAUUUAGUGCAACUAACAAAAGUCUAUCUGCAGUGUCGAAAUUAGGAAUUUACUUUAGGAGGAGAUGGAUAUUAUUUUUCGUAAAACAAGUUGUUAUUACUAUUGAUAUUAAUAAUAAUUAGCCCCAGGGCCAUUUUUAAACAUAAAUAAAAUUGAAUUUGAACAUUUUCGAGUCGAUAAAUUUUGAUUUUUUUUUUAAAUUACCUGUAUACGGCCCUUUAACCACUAGAAGUGUGACAUUCUCAAAAAUUAUUAAUAAAAUUAGCGUUUUGAGUUGGACGUUAAUUAUUUUGUAUUAUCGUGUUAUAAUAACGAAUAAAAAAAAAAAAAUUGUAUUAACUACGUGUUUAUUUAUAUAAACACGUAAAUAAUGCUGUUAAAUGUUAUCUCGAGCAGAACUUUUUGCACCACGAGGUAGCUGAUUAAAUAUUAUAAUAUUAUCUAAUUAUAAAAAUUACGAAUAAGGUCAUUAACACCGUUUAUCUAUAAUAUAUUAUAUUCGUUUUUUUUAUUAUUUGUGUAUAAUGAUAAUAUUUUAUAAUAUAAUAUUUUACGAUUCUUUAACGAAAUGUACGAUUAAAAUGUUUAAUCAAUUUUUUAGGAGCGAUAUGAAUAAAUUUCGUAUAGACUUAGGACUGUUCAUACCUCAUAUCGAAGCCACUGGAAAUUACGAUGUCAAUGGUAACGUGUUGUUAUUGCCAGUACGGAGUAGAGGAGACUUUUGGGUGUCAUUUGGUCAGAUAUAACUUUCUUUAAAUUAUUAUAAUAUAUUACUAAUGUUUAUUAGUAUUGAAAAAAAAUUAUACAAACCGAAAAAAUGUAAUGUACUUAUACGGUGUUUCAUUUUUAUAGAAAACGUAACGGCCUUAGCGAAAUUAUACGGCGUUGAGGUGAAAAAAGAAGGCGUGGCAUUUAUGAAAACAGACAGGUUGGGCGUCGGUUUCAAAUUGGAGAAUUCAGAUUUUAAAAUCAAAGAUUCCAUCAACCGGCAAAACGUCAUAGGUUCAUAUAUACAUUUAAAAAAAAAAAGAAUUUACAUAAUAACAACAAUAUUUUAUUAAUAAAACAUUAUUUUAAAAAUGUUUUUUUAUUUCUUGCAUUAUUUACUAUUUACUUAUAGGUGAAGCGAUGAACGUAUUUCUGAACGAAAACUCCGCGGAGAUCAUCGAAGAAAUGAAACCCGCUGCUUCGCAAGCGAUCGGCAAGCAUUUCAAAAACUUUUUGAACAACGCUUUCUUACAGAUUCCGCUAAAAGUGUGGUUAAAAGACUCGGAAUAAUAAUACUGUAUACUUAUAGCUAUAUUACUAAGACCCCCGAACUAAAUUCACUUUUCUAAUCGAUUAUAUUAUUAUAACCUAUUAUUGUUUCGUAUAUAUUAUGAUUAUAUCCUUGUACGGUUGUUAAAUACGAUUAUUUAUUUAAGUUACCGUUUUCUGUAAACCAAUAGGUAAUAUCGUUUAAGAGGCACGGUCACGGUGGUAUUUGCCAGUCUCUGUUUUCUUAACGGUUAAUAUAUUAGCAAACAUGUGUUCAUGUAAAACAAAAACGAAAAAUCCUUUAAAAUUGGUUUUGAAGAUGUAACAUUUAAUGCGAAAUUUGUAUAAAUAAAAUCAGUUUUGGGGGCGAUCUGGUCGGCGUUUUUACAAUUCUCUAAACAUCCGAUUCACUAUCGAAGAUGCGAAAAAGAGUUGUAGUUUUUAAAUAAUUAAUAUUUCAAAAAAUGUAGUUGUCUACAUUUUUUUUAUAAUAGAUGGUUUUUUUUCAAUCUCCGAUUUUAUGGGUCUUUUAGCUUGAUUUACGCGAACAAAUUUUCACUCAAUAUUGCCCGUUAUACAGACAGAGACGACAAAUUCUACUGUGACUGGGACUCUUAACAUUGUUUACGGUAUUUUUAAUUUUUAUCUACCUAUAAUAUUAUGUUAUUAUAUAUUAGGAUUCAUGCCAUUUUGUAUAUAUAUCGUGUUUUUCGUAUGGAUAUUUUAAAUCUGGUAUUAUAUACGAGAUUUGCAACUUAGUACCUAUUUUUAAUAUUAUUCUAAGUUGAUUACUUUAUUAUUAUUAAUAAUUUUAUUAUAUUUUCCCAUGCAUAUAAUAUUAAUAUUAUUAUAUACUGUGACGUACCUAUAGUUAAUAAUAGUUAUGUGUGUAUUAUUUUUUUUACGCAAAUAUUUUUUAAAAUGAAAAACAUGCGCUGCCGGGUGACAGUGCAAUAUCUCUUUUUUUUAUACUGAAAUACAAUUGUUUGUAAAAUUGUAAAAUAUAUUACAUUAUAUUUAAUAAAAUUGUUGUUAAAACGUUUCUUUAUGAUAGAUUAUUCUAUAUUAUAAGAUAUUGUAAGUUUCGUUUUUAGUGAAGCACACAUUUAUCAUAAAAAAAAAAAAUGUACACCGUCUUUAUGGAGUCAUCUCUACUUUUUCUCAUUAUAUUAUGUCUCAACUACACUGCAUAUUCUUUGAUCUUUUUUUUAAUAUAGCAGACAGUAGACACUAAUCCCAUAUCUUCCAGUAGUUUCUUAUCGAAUUCCCUUCUCUAUUAUUGGCUUAGUAUCAUGGGCCGGUUCACUGGUAUCAUCAUCCAAGGUGGGUUUUCAAACGUUCUUAGAACUAUUUAUGUUUCAUGGUUAUUGUUGUUUAUAAUUCACGUCCACGUGUGAGAGAAUAGGUCUAAUUACAAUUGCUGUAUAAUACUGUUAAGUUUUUGUUUCUUUUGAGAAGGUUUGGAUUUGAAGAACUCCGAUAAAGGAAGUGAGGAUCUUUCUUCACUCCUAUUUUAAGUGACCUACCAUUUUAAAUAUUUCUACUGAGAAGCAUAUUUAAAUAUUAGAAUUCUUACACUUUUUAGCAGAUAAAUAAAUCCACAUAGUUACCUUGGAAUAAUUCGUUUCAAGUAAUUCCAGCAGCUUGAGAUUUUCACUAUAUAGUAUACGUCAUAUACAAUGUAAUUUGCUCGGG